CUGGCACAUUGUUUGAGGCUAUUGGUAUGGCAAUCAUAACAGGCUGGAUAUUCCUACAAUUAGACAAAAGCCAGGCUGGAAUUAGAUCUCGUGAGGGCAGUCUGUAUACUGCGAGUAGCCUCAAUGGUUACUUAGUUCUUACUUAUGAGACAUUCCGUUUGACGAUUGACAUUCGUCUUUUUGAUCGGGAAAGAACUGAAGGUGUCGUUACCGUCCCCGGGUUUCUCCUCAGUAGACGAGCUGCUCGACUGUUGCUUGAAGACCUCCCAGCACCCGUCCUUUUUAGCAUUAUAUUUUACUUUAUGGUUGGUUAUCGCCUAGAGGUAACGGCCUUCUUUAUUUUCCUCGCCAUAUCUAUUUUGGUCCAUUAUAUUGCCGUUUCAUUUGCAGCUGUCGGAGUUGGUCUUUCGAGAACCUUUUCUGGAGCUGGACUUGUUGCAAAUCUUUCAUUUACUCUGCAAAGUUUUGCCUGCGGCUAUUUUGUGCAAUCGGACCAGAUCCCCGUGUACACAAGGUGGCUUAAGUGGACUGCGUAUACCUUCUAUGCCUUUGGCGCUCUGUGCUACAAUGAAUUUAUUGGUGUGGACAGUCCUCCCUAUGGGCAGUUCUAUGAUUGCCCUUCAUCACAAAACCCAUUGGACCUGGCCUGUAAACAAUAUACUGGCCAAUACAUUAUUACGAGCUUGGGAUUUCCGUCUGACUGGAUUUGGAGACCAUGUGUUAUUCUUAUCGGAUACGUGAUCGGGUUUUAUACCCUUGGUGGUCUACUACUGCAGUACAACACCUUUGCAUUGGAUAUUGCACAUGCCCGGAAGUCAGGAGACAAUCAGAUGGGCAAGGAAGCGGUCGUAACUAGGUCAAACCAGGAAAUCCGUCGCGUUGACAUCGACCUGGAUAAGUAUGCCCUUGAGGUGAAGAAACAAGACCUGCUUUGGAAACGCCGGCGUACUAUCCAAAUACUUCAACCAAUCACUACUCAAUUUCAUGCCGGCCAGUUGAACGUAAUAAUGGGUCCAUCAGGGAGUGGCAAGACAUCCCUACUUAAUUCCGUUGCGCGAAGACUUCACGGGUCGAUGACUACGAAGUACCGAUUAAGCGGGACCAUGUCCUACGACGGCGCCAUUCCGAAGGAGAGCGUCAUUCGAUCGGUAACAUCAUUUGUUACACAGGAUGACGACGCACUCAUGCCGUCGCUUACUGUUCGAGAGAGCCUAUACUUCGCUGCCGGUCUCCGCCUACCGAGAUGGAUGUCCAAGCAGGAGAAAUACCGCAGAGCCGAGGAUAUACUCUUGAAAAUGGGGUUGAAAGACUGCGCUGAUAAUCUAAUUGGGAGCGACAUUGUUAAAGGAAUUAGUGGUGGCGAGAAACGAAGAGUGACGAUUGCUAUCCAAAUUUUGACUGAUCCAAAGGUUUUGCUUCUGGAUGAGCCAACAUCUGGACUAGAUGCAUUUACUGCCACGUCAAUUAUAGAAGUACUGAAUAAUUUGGCUGCUGAGGGUCGCACAUUGAUCAUGACCAUCCAUCAAUCAAGAUCAAAUAUCUUCCAUAAUUUUUCAAAUAUACUUCUUCUUGCUCGUGGAGGAUAUCCCGUCUACGCUGGACGAGGAGCUGAUAUGAUACCAUAUUUUAGUGGUCUCGGCUACGAUUGUCCGUCGCAGACAAAUCCAGCCGAUUUUGCACUGGAUUUGAUUACGGUCGACUUGCAGCAAGAAGACCGCGAGAAGACGACACGUAAAAGAGCCCAACGGUUGAUAGACGCCUGGGGGAAGAGCGAGACAGCAAUUAUGCGACGGACAUCACAAAUAGCCACGCCAGCCGAGCUGGGUAGUCUGAAAAGGCAGAUGCAUCCUCUCCACGUAACAUUUCCCUUGGUUAUACAUCGUUCUGCUAUCAACUUCUUUCGUCAACCUGAUCUCAUCUUUGCACGCACCUCGCAAAUCGUCGGCAUUGCUAUUAUCAUGGCUCUUUUCUUUGCGCCAAUGAAAAAUGACUACGCCGCUGUUCAGACAAGGAUGGGUUUUGUACAAGAGUUUGCUGCUUUGUACUUCAUUGGUAUGCUGCAGAAUAUCUCGGUCUAUCCUCCUGAGCGUGACGUCUUUUAUCGUGAGGAAGCAGACCACUGCUAUUCCGCUGAAACCUUUAUUUUAUCCUACACUCUGUUGGAAAUUCCCUUCGAGAUACUCGCUUCCAUCAUCUUUGGCAUUAUUGCAGCGUAUGCUGUCAAUAUGGAACGCAGUGUUUUGAUGCUUUUUGUCGCUUCAUUCAACUGCUUUGCCAUAAUCAACGCUGGUGAAUCGCUCGGUAUCAUGUUCUGCACGCUAUUCGACCAUGUGGGGUUUUCUGUCAAUGUUACCUCGGUGGUCUUGUCAAUAUCGACGAUCAUGGGUGGUAUUAUGUCACUGAAUCUGAAUAACGUUCUACAAGGGUUCAAUCACCUCUCCCCCAUCAAAUAUUCGGUCGCCAACUUAGCAGUAUAUUCCAUGAGACAUCAGACUUUCUCAUGCACGGAGGCAGAGCGUUUGCCGGAUGGAAUAUGCCCCAUUACCACCGGACAUCAGGCGCUGCAGUUAUAUAAUUUAGACGUCAACCCAGGGUUAAACCUUCUCUGGCUCGGCAUAGCAACUGUUGUUUAUCGCUUUUUGGCGUAUCUAGUCGUCAAGGGUAUGGCUACACACGGAGUUUGGGAAGGCAUUCGAAGAGCAGUACGUCGUAACAAAAACAUCAAUUCUCACUGAUUACGUUGGAAAUUGUGUGAAAAAGUGGUCUAGAUAGUCACGCCAGAUAUACUCUUUUCAAUACUCUAAAUGAUAAGAUUAAU